AUGGUCGUCUCUGGGGCUCGCUCGGAUAGAGGAUAUGAGUUUCUCGCAAUUGCUUUGCCCCUCCCUCACGGUACGCAUUCCAACCUGGCUCUCUACUAUCUGCAUACCGGUAGACAGGUCAACUGGCCCCCAGGUUUCUCGAAGCCCUAUCUAGACUUCCAAAUGAGGACGUUGAGACCAUCUGGCAAAAUCCACAGUUUCCUCAAUGGUCUAUUUACUGCCGGCUAUUAUGACAAGGAAACCAAGACCCAGGUUCCUGCGACUAUUGCCGUGCCAAAUUAUCCUGGCAUGGAGGUCAAUUUGUACCACCCUCCUGAUGAUACAACAGCGCGUACCGAGUGCGAUGCGAUCGCCAACAUCAAUGCUCGCGCUGAAGCAGUUAAUGAGACUGUUGUUGGUGGCUUCUGGAAGGUAGUCAUAACUUCCACUGAGCCUCAGAUGCUUAGCUUUCACAUCAGGUUUCCUGGCCUCACUCGCGCUUACCUUGAAGGAAAAUUUGAUGGUGAGGUUCAAACUCUAGUGGAAGGCCUCAAGGAGACUCCAUAUGGUUAUGCGUUUGUCACUGGUGGUCCUGGCUCUGGAAAGACUACCACUGCCAUGAAGCUCGUAACUGCUAUCGUUUCUGGCGAUGUUGGCGAGACUCGGCAGCAUGAACCCAAGCUCACUGUUGCUAUUGAGUCUGAUCCUGUUACCUCCAACAAGCCUGAGUCCACUGGCUGGUUGGACGUCGAUGAUGACGACACGUGCUCAGAAGCUUCCUUCUGUUCAGCUGUCCCUCACCUGGCUGUUGGUCCUGGUACUGAUAAACUUGAACAAGAGCACAUCACCUAG